UGUAUUUCCUCCUUUGCUCUCAAAACACUCAUAGGAUAGAUAGAAACUCCACCCAAGCUUUCAUUCUACAUCUGUCUUAAGAUCUGAGCAGUUACACUGGCAUUGAUACGACAUAUGACUGAAGACAUUCAAGCAUGAAAACUUCUCUUGUUAUUUAUCGGCAACAAAAUCCACUAUUCAGCAAAAAACCCUAAGAGUGAAAAGCUCCACAAACGAAACACAGACCAGACAAGUUCUGCGCGUAUUUGUUGACAAAAUGGCCCUGGAUAAAAUGAAAAAUUUGAGUCUGGAAGAUAAUAUGCUCCAACCUGAAAUGGGUGAAGUGCAAGGUAUUCCUGUCACAAAACCAACAUGUGACAUAUGGGAUCAAGUGUGGAACUUCAAAGCCAGACCUGAUGAUCUGCUCAUUGCAACAUAUGCAAAAGCAGGUACCACAUGGACACAGGAGAUAGUGGACAUGAUUCAACAAAAUGGAGACAUUGAGAAGUGUAGACGUGCCAGUACUUACAAACGCCAUCCUUUCCUUGAGUGGUAUAUCCCAGAUUCUUCACCUCUCGGCUACUCAGGCCUGAAGUUAGCUGAAGCGAUGCCUUCUCCACGAACAAUCAAAACUCAUCUCCCUGUACAGCUGGUGCCUCCCUCCUUCUGGGAACAAAACUGCAAGAUCAUCUAUGUGGCAAGAAAUGCCAAAGACAACCUGGUGUCAUACUACCAUUUCCACAGAAUGAAUAAAGUAUUGCCUGACCCAGGAACUGUUGAGGAGUUCACGGAGAAAUUCAUGAGUGGAGAAGUACUCUGGGGUUCCUGGUAUGACCACGUAAAAGGAUGGUGGAAGGCAAAAGACAAGCACCGUAUUCUCUACCUCUUCUAUGAAGAUAUGAAGGAGAACCCAAAGAGAGAAAUUCAGAAGAUUAUGAAGUUUAUGGAGAAGGACUUGGAUCAGGAGGUUCUCAGCAAGAUAAUACACAACACCUCAUUUGAGAUAAUGAAAGACAAUCCCAUGACAAACUACACUAAGGAUUUUGUGGGAGUAAUGGAUCACUCAGUUUCCCCAUUCAUGAGAAAAGGAGCUGUCGGGGACUGGAAGAAUUAUUUCACUGUGGCACUGAAUAAGAAAUUUGAUCAGGAUUAUAAGAAGAAAAUGGCUGAUACCUCUCUAGUUUUUCGCACGGAAUUGUGAUUAUCAGCAAUGGGAGCUAUUCUUUACAAUCUAUCAGCAUUUUCCAUUUUCCAUAUUUUGCUCUUUCUUCACAAAAUAACAGUAUCUCUAACAGUUCAAAAUCUUUAUUUCACACAUUACUGAUUUUUCAUUAUGAUGAGAUGUUCAAAUUACAUGGAAAUGUAGAUUUGCCUCCCUGAAGAAAAUGCUCCCUCCUUGGAUAUUUGCCAUUCAACCCUUCCACAGUAACUUUUAGCAUUAACUAAAUUAUUUCAGAUAUUUUGAGUUCUUGUCUCUGUUAAACUGCAGUUGAUAUCACUGGCAUUUUCAAAUCAGAAAUUAGGAAACAAACAGGAAAAAAAAAAAGGUGUUAAAAGAUUGCACAAGCUGUGGGCAUUAUUAUGUUAUUCCCACAGUGUAUAAAUAUUAAUCAAUAAAUAACAACAAUGAAGAAUUUUAGAUGUUGGUCAAGAAUAAAAAAAAGCAAUAGAAGUGCACAAAGUAGAACCAUUUUAUUUUUUUCUUGUUUUAAGCUGGGCAGCAUAAAUGCCAUUGAGACAAAAGCAGCAUUUCCAAAAACAUCAAACACCAAUUACCUGACGAAACUUGUUACAGGACUAUAGAGAGGUAUUCAUCUACACUCCAGCUGUGAAGGUAGUAGACACUACCGCAUCUAGUCAAGAAGCUUUUGUCAUUGUUGCCUUUUUGAAAUGAAUAGCACCAGCUUCUGAAAACAUUUGCAGAUAAUCCUGAAAGUUGGUAUGAAGCAGGUCAAGAGUCAGUGCUGAGAAUAUUUGCCCCUUCUCCACCUUCAUAACUGUGUCCAUCAGACGUAUCACAUUAUCACCUACUCCUUUUCUCUGCUCUUCCCUUGAUGACUAAAUAUAAAAACAGCCCAGUUAGAACCUUUAGUUGCAAUAACGCUUGCUCAAUAUUAUCAAAUAAUGCUUUAGCUUUAGCACCAGAACUAUAGCCAUUUCUUCAGUUGGUAGGAAAUUAAUUAAAACAAUCCAUAGCCCUUUAAUCAUAGACAACUAUUACCAAUCUAAAUCUAUAUUUAAAGUGCUGCUAUUGAGCUCAACACACAAAAGCCCCUGAAGAGUUCCUGUUUAACUGGAUUUGCAGCCUGAAUGUCAGAGGGAAAACAACACAUACUACAGCAGAUAGUGGAAAAUACUGUCUUGGACUCAACGGCUUAACACAAAAUGUUUACUGUGGGAAUUUUCUCUUUGGCCUGUGGAGGUUGCAGGGUUCUAAUAACAGCAGCAACUGCCAGUGUGCACAGACCAUUUCAAGCUAUAAAUUUAUCCAAAUAUCUAAAUUGAACAUAGUUCCUUAAAGGGCACCAGUAUCAAGUUUGGAAAUAAACAAAAUGCUUCCCAUCAAAUGUGGAAGUUACAUUGUCAGCUCCCAACCCAGUGAAUUUCCUUUAAAAAUGCAGGAAAUACUGGAACUAGAAGUGGGCAUUUGCUGCACAGAUGCAAAUGUAGGCAUUAGUGGGGCUUUAGGUCAGUGGGGAUUCCUGCCCUCAUAUAAAGGAUGUCUCUGAAAACUGACUGACUGAGAAAAAAGUCAUCUGGCAGAGGUGCUGCUGCUCCUUGCAGCAAAAUUAAAUAUAAUCCUGGGGAGGUUUCUGUGACUUCUCUAGCUUUUGUUCAUGGUAUUUCACUGUCACCAGUAUGAGGAAAAGGUGUUGCCUGCUCUCUGACAUAUUUCUAUUCUCUUGGGUCGCUCCAAGAAAUCACAUGAUUUGCUCUUUGUCAAUUUAAUCCUCAUUCAGGGUCAUAAGAGCUAUCAGUAAAUGGAAAACAUGCUUAACUCAGUAGCUAGGCGACAUUUUAUGAGGUUGCAUAGGUGACCUAUUUGCUCCUCUUUCGAAAUCUCUCUGUCUAUUAGAAGGACAAAAUGCUAAAGGCAUCUGCUGCAUGGUGAGGGUGACAGAGGCUUGUGUCAUACUGGUUUCUCUUCCUUAGGCAAAUCUUCACCCAACUGGAAUUUAGCUGCUCUGAAAAGCAGAUAAUAAGUAAUGCAGGUCAGAGAACGCAAUCUUGGGAGAGAAAAAAAAAAAAAGAAAAAGAGGGGAAAUAAGCACUGGAUACAUGGGUAUGUAAAAACUGUCUUUCCUUAUCUCAUUUACAUUUUAUGUAUACGUAUAUGCAUAUAAUAUAUUCAAAGAUGGAAAUGCUAACCUUUAUGAGAAAAUAUAGCUGUCAGGGGAAUAGGAAAGUGGGAUUAUUUUUUUGCAUUUAAGCCUUCUUAACCUAGCAUAGUUGAGACAGAACAACCCAUUUGUAAUAUGUUAUAAAUUGAAUAUCAAUUUCCUGUAAAACUACGGGGAACAAUUAAUUGUUUUCAGUAAGACUGUAUCUGUAGAUAUAAGAAAAGACUGAGAAAAGGUAUUAAUAGGCUGUAUGCAUCCCUCAGAGGUCCUGGAAAUGAUUGUGUUUUGGUGUCCGUUAAGAGAGUAUCACAACAGAGAUGUGCAUAUGCUUCUGUGCAGACAACUGGAGAGUGCCAACAUCUAGAGUGUCUUUAACUUGCAUAUCUUUAAGUUUAUCAGUUGUUAUGUAUAGAAUAGCUUUAAAGGAUAUAUUCUAUACAGAUGGUUUACUAAUAACGAUGUAGGCUGGUAAGAAGUUUAAUGCAUUUUGACAUAAGAUACCAUAAACCACAGAGCACCAGCAGAAGGAGAUUGUACAUGUUUUACUACAUUAUUUCACAUCAGUCUAAACUACUGUAGUGUUUCUUCUUCUUGUACAACUGAGUGAUUCUGUGUUUACUGCGGUGACAGGGCUACAUUCAGAGCUCAAGUAAGACAUAUGCUCUAAACAUA